GAAUGACACUCUAAUUUGACUCGUUUCUGUCCUUGCAAUCCAACAUUAACAUAUUUGUGCACAAGAUUUUUUAGAUUUUUUUUUCAGUUGCUGUUUUCGACCAUUUAAAAUUCGCCACGUAGACUGAUACAGUCGAACAGCCUCUUAUACUGCUGAUGUGGAGUCUGUCGUAUUUUAAUUAGCUCCCGCCAUUCCUUUUCGCGCCAUGGUCUUGUCUUAAAAACUUUAUCAUUUCCCCAUUAUUUUUUUACUCAGAUCUCUCUCUCUCUCGGAAGCGAGACGGAAAAAAACAAAAGCUUUAAAAAAAAAAAAAAGGAAAAAAAGACAAAUCGGAAAGAACCCUAAUAAGGAGAGGAAGAGCAAAAAGAUAAGACAGCAGAAAGAAAUGGGCAUCAAGGACCUUCUCAAAUUCAUGAAACCUUACAUUCUUCCAAUUCACAUCCAGAAAUACGCCGGCAAACGGGUGGGAAUCGAUGCAUAUUCAUGGCUACACAAAGGAGCAUACUCCUGCAGUAUGGAGCUGUGUUUAGACAUUGAUGGGAAGAAGAAGCUGAGGUACAUUGAUUACUUCAUGCACAGAAUCAAUCUUCUCCAACACUAUGAGAUUAUCCCAAUUGUUGUCCUUGAUGGUGGUAAUAUGCCCUGCAAGGCUGCCACUGGAGAUGAACGUCAAAGGAAGCGAAAAGCAAACUUUGAAGCUGCAAUGGCGAAGCUUAAAGAAGGGAAUGUCAGAGCAGCUACUGAGCUCUUUCAGAGAGCAGUUAGUGUAACAUCAUCCAUGGCUCAUCAAUUGAUUCAGGUUCUGAAAUCAGAAAACGUCGAAUUUAUUGUAGCUCCAUAUGAGGCUGAUGCUCAGCUAGCAUAUCUAUCCAGCCUCGAACUGGAACAAGGUGGGAUUGCUGCUGUUAUAACAGAAGACAGCGAUUUACUUGCAUAUGGCUGCAAAGCUGUUAUCUUUAAGAUGGACCGGUAUGGUAAAGGGGAGGAACUGGUUCUAGGUAAUGUUUUUCAAGCCGUUGACAAAAAGCCUUCCUUCCACAAUUUUGAUCAAGAGCUUUUUACUGCAAUGUGUGUAUUAGCCGGAUGUGACUUUCUCCCCUCGGUUCCUGGUGUUGGCAUUUCGAGAGCCCAUGCAUUCAUCUCCAAGUACCAGAGUGUAGAACGCGUUUUGUCUUUUCUCAAGACAAAAAAGGGCAACCUAGUUCCUGAUGAUUACUCCAGCUCUUUUAUGGAAGCAGUUUCAGUUUUUCAGCAUGCUCGAGUAUACGACUUUGAUGCUAAGAAGCUCAAGCACUUGAAACCCUUGUCUCAGAACCUCCAGAAUUUACCAGCUGAACAACUUGAGUUCCUGGGACCAGAUCUGUCUCCAUCUGUUGCUGCUGCAGUUGCUGAAGGGAAUGUUAAUCCCAUAACUAUGGAGGCUUUUAACCGCUUCACAGUUUCUAGGAGACAGUUGAAGACGCCUGAUCGAUCAUUCAAGGAGAAGAAAAGCUCCUUUUUGGUAUGUUCUUUGUCCGAAAGUGAGGAAAGGAUAGAGCUCAAAAGGACUGCAGAUGAAGCUAUGAUCGCUUCAGAAACUGUUCUGAAGGAUCCAAAGUACUUCAAACAAGAUUCAGAUCUACACAAACUAGCUUUGCAGCCUAACAAGGAUCAGAUGACAAUCCGGACCAUCAAUCCCUCACUGAUUCCGGAUAACAACCCGUUCAAGAUAAGAAAAAGAGAUGAAAUCAAUAUGGAAUUCGCAGAGUAUGGUUCGCAAGAACUGGAGGUUUCCUUUGGGACCACAACCGAAGGAAUGGAUGUUUCUGCUUCUUCAGCAAACUCUGACGAACACGAUUGUUCAGACAAUCAAAAAGAGGUUACAGUCGACUUAUCCGAGCUUGAUGAUUAUAGAACCAUUCCAGACUCUGAGAAAAAUAGAGAGAAGGAAAUAACCAAGCCCACAGAAGAAGAGAUAGUUGAAAUUCAAGAUCAUGUGAACAUUACGACAAAGAGAGUGCGUGGAGCUAAACCUAGAACCGAGAGUUUCAAAGUGAAAACAAGCUGUAGAGGUUCAGAGAACAGGAAGGCUAAGAACAACAAGAAAAGCAGUAUAUUAGAUUUCUUUCAUCGAUUGUAGUAAGUAUAUUCAUCUUUUUGGUUAAUUUUAUUAUGUGUAAUCUCUUCUUCGCGUCUUUGUAACUCUUUAACCCUAUAUUAUAUAAACCUU